AUGGAUUUCAAUGUUACAGUGAAUUAUGGUUCGAACAAUCAUGGAAAUUCAAUAAAUGUUGAGCACUUGUUACGAGCUUGUUCAAAUUUAAAAAAUAAUGAUGAAUUAUACGGUAUCACUUAUGAUGAUGAAAGAUUCCCGAUCAUUUUCAAUAAUUCAUUGAAUAAUUUGGAUGGAAAAAUAUUACGCAAUGUUGAUGUGAUAUUUUAUUGUAUUAAAAAUGAGUGGAAAGUAACGAAUGAUAGCGCUUUAGCUCCUUUAAGCGCUUUAUUUUAUCAUAAAUUAUCAUCACAAUAUCGACAAAUGAUAGCAACAAAAAGAAGUACAAAUAUUAAUAACAUUCAUGAAGAAUGUAUCAGUCAGAGUUUAGUUGGUGAUUCAUGUGUUGCAAUUAUUGAAGGAAGAGUAGGCUUUAUUCCGCAUUUCAAGGUUGGAUUAUUCCGAAUGUAUGAUAUGGCACAAUUUGAAGCAUCAGAUAUUGUUAAAAAUUACCUUCCAGAGCAAGACUAUCAGUCCUUUCCAAUCGAUUAUUUAGCAUUGGGGAAUAAACGAUAUUGUAGAUCGAGAUCUACCAAACAGGUUGAAAGUGACUCGAAUAGAUUUUUUGAUUUUUCCGAAUGCACAGUAUUAGCAACACCGGAUUUUUAUUAUCAGCUAUGUUGUUGCGACGAAAGUUUGGAAAUAUGUAGUUCAUUGGAGAAUGAUUUAAGAGUUGAUCCAGGCAAACCGAUAAUUUUUUUAAAUGAUUCGCUUGAUGAAUCGCAUAAACUGGCAGAAUAUGGAUUAGAUGAAAAUUCAGUACGUCGUAAAUAUGAAAAUGAAUUGGACGAAAGAAGCAAAAAGAAGCCACAAAUUGUUUGUGCUAUUGGAACGCUAGAAAUGAAUAAAACUUUGAGAGAAAAACGUUUAAUAAAUGAUGCGUUUCCAAUCAAUGUUCACUCAUGUCGAUCCGUUUAUCGUUACAGAAGAAAGAUAAUGGAAAUGGAUAGUGCAUCCGGUUGUACGAUGGCACGAAAAAAUAAAAAUGGUUAUCAUUACUGUCAAAUUCGUAAUUUAAUUUGCCCAGCACAGGAAAGUAUUCCGGAAAAAAUGACAGUUGAUUGUUGUUGUGAGGGUAACCAUUUAUGUAAUCACGAUAUGAAUUCAUAUCGUGCUUUCUAUUCAUUACCUAUGUAUAUAAAUAAUCCAUUAUGUGCGCAUUUGUCAGAAUUUCGUUUUGUCUUCCUGUCAGGUGACGAAAAAUACUGCGCUGUGCAUUAUGAUUUUGUACUUGGAAAAGUUGUUAAUUUGCAUGUGAAUGUUAACAUGGAUUUACCACGAGAAGAUGACCAUAAUGCUUAUAAAAAACUUGGCUGUCAAUUUAUUGAAGCAAAAAUACGUGUAAACAUACCAGUUCGUUGCAAAGAUGAAAUUUACAAACGUGAUGAUACAUUAAUGGGUAGACUUAUAUAUGUGUGCACUUGUCCUGGAAAAGCUUUAUCAGAAAGAAUGAAUAAAUCAGCUUGUGAUGUUAAAUUAGAAAAGAGAAUAGCAAGAAAAGCAAUGGCAGAUGCUGAAAAAUCCAAAUUACCUUCAUGUUAUCAUAUAAAUUUGAUAAUGGAUGCAAUAAAUUCAGCACCUAUUGGCAUAGCUAAUUUUUUAUUAAAUAAUAUCACAAAACCAUCAGGUAAUCAUUAA